ACUGAAAGGUUGUGAGAUUAGCCCACCUGAGGAGCAUCAUCCAACAUCCACUGUUCAGAAAGCCAUCAGUUCCUGUGCUAAGGUGUAAAAAUGAGCCAACUCACAGAACUAGUUCUCCUUACAGUCUUCUUGGCACUCUUCAGUCAAGCUGAAGCAAAUCCUUUUGUUUAUAACUAUGAGGCGCUAAGGAUCGGGGGCUUGGUCUUCACAGGCAUACUAGUAGCUGGAGGGGUUGGAAUUCUGUGUCGGGGGCAGUGCAAACCAAAAAGAAAGCAUGAUGAAGACGCGAGCAAAAUCUGAGGAUCAGGGACUUCAUCUGCUGAAACUUUCUAAUGGAUUUUAAUUGAGUAGAAGACUUGUUUUAUUCUGUCUUGAUACUAACUAGCUCCAUGUCUCAUCUGUAUUUUACUGUAGGUUUUCCAUUGUUUCAACAUUUUCCAACCACUUAAUUUGUGCAUUAAUCACAGUCCCUUUCCGAAAAACUGAGCUUUUGAAUUUGUAGACUUAUUCUAUAAAUUUGAGCAAUCUCGCAAAGUGGCACUUUAAUAAAGAUUCUCAGUUAUGGG